AUAAGAAACUCUAAAACGCGCUUUGUCACUUCUCUCCCUCUCUCUGUGUUUCUGUUUCUCCAUGGAGACCUUCUUCCUCAGCCACGGAUCGCCGAGGCUGUUGAUAAAGGAGAUGGCAGUGAGACGAUUCCUCGAGGCAUGGAAGGCUGAGGUUUUCCCUGCAGCUCCUAAAUCCAUUCUCCUCAUUUCCGCUCACUGGGAGACCGACGAGCCCCUCGUCAACUCCAUCGACGGCCCAAAUAACACCAUCCACGACUUCACCGGCUUCCCGCAGCAUUUAUACCAGCUACAAUAUCCUGCGCUGGGUGCACCUGCACUAGCCAAGAGGGUGAAAGAACUGCUUCAAAAUGCGGGCUUUAAUGGUGCGGAGGAGGACAAAACUCGUGGACUUGAUCAUGGAGCUUGGGUUCCACUGAUGCUCAUGUACCCAGAGGCUAACAUACCAGUUUGCCAACUUUCUGUCCAACCUAACAAGGAUGGAACACACCACUAUAAUAUGGGUAAGGCAUUAGCUCCACUAAGGGAGGAGGGUGUUCUAAUAAUUGGUUCUGGAACUGCCACACAUAACCUCAUGUUGCAAGGUCCUGAUGAUGCUCCACCGCCAAGUUGGGCUUUGGAUUUUGAUAACUGGCUCAGAGAGUCCCUCCUUAAUGGGAGGCAUGAAGAUGUGAAUCAGUAUGAUGAGAAGGCCCCUAGUGCUAAAAUGGCACAUCCCGAACCAGAGCACUUCUAUCCCUUACAUGUUGCUCUUGGGGCUGCCGGCGAGAAUGCGAGUGCAGAGCUGAUCCAUCAUAGCUGGGGUUGUUCCUCCAUUUCUUACUCCUCCUAUAAGUUCAGGGCUGCUGCAUAGUUGUGUGUAUGUUUUGCUAAAUAAUAAAGAGGUCUUCAAUUGCAUGCUAUAAAAAAUAAUAGAAGAGAGUUUGUUUGCCAAUUACUUGAUGUUUCUGUUUGAUUGUAAAAAAAUUAGGACUUGUU